CAUACCCUUUCACCGUCAUACAACUGGAGAAAAAAGCGUCAAUGCACGAGGCAGUGUUAGUCCUACAUUUUCAUAAAUCAUAACAGUUAGUACGUCAUAUUAUGUCAUAUCAACAGUGCACCUCUCCAAGAAUCGCGCAUAUAUAGACUCCACACAAUCAUCACUUCUUCCAACAAACAGAAGUAGCAGGACCUUCUCACUGAUUUUAUUACACCUUAAACUUUUGUUUGGAAAAUCUACAAACUUUCACAAUCGAUUACGCAGCAUCGAACUCCUCCCGAACAACUUUUACCUCCUUCCAAAAUGAACAUUCCCGUCUUCGCCCAAGUAGACGUCAAUCCUGAACUAUGGACCGACUUUGUACAGACAGCCGCCGUACCUGCCAAUCCGAACCUAGAAAGCGAAACAGAGCCGCAGAUACCGUACAUUCUCGUCUCCUCCAAGUCACCUAGCAGUCCCACGACGCCGACCAAAGAGAUCAGCACGACCGAAAAGUCAGAUCUCAAAUCCAGCUCCGACGGCGCAAUCCAAACUUUAUUUACUAACAUCAUCGAUAAUCACAAUGAUGGACACCUAUCCACGCAAUUCUUUCUGGUACUGGAUGACAAGUCAGCUAAGGAGCGGACAGUGAUGUUGAUGCAGAAAGCAUCGAAGUGGGUCGAUCAGAACGGAGAUGUCGAUGAGGGAGGUCCAGCAGGACGAGAUGACCUGACGGAGAAAGUCACGUGGAAGAAGUAUUGCAUUCCGUUCGACAGGGUCUAUAAGGAAUGGAGUGUACUGGAAACGAGAGGUUAUGUGUCAGAGCAGUGGUUUGUUGGGGAGGAUAUGGAGGACGCGUAAACACGGUAGCCAUAGGUCGCCAUAACCCUUUUUCGUCUCUUCAAUUGAUCUAAUACAACAUUUGGGCUUGUGCUUCUUGG